CACCACAGUAAAUACCUCGUUUUCGUAUUUCACUUCCGGUAGUCAGGGCGAAUAAUGGUUUCGCUUAAAACAAAAAUUGGACGGCGAAACAAAAAUGAUUUUCAUUUAAGAUAAAGUAUAAUCAUCGUGACAAACUCGGAUGGCUGCGUAAUCUGUUUCGUGUACGAGAAGCACAAAGAGAUGCAGCGUGUGGGCUGACAAGGAAAAGUAAGGAGCAUGGGUUGUUCUGUGCAUUUGAGCAUCUUGCAGCACCUAGUUCAGAGUCUUCGUGAUGCCUGCAGCAAAGAAAUGUGCCUUGUCAAUGACUUCCACAUCACAGGAUUAAUCAGUGUCAGUUCACGGGACCUUUCUUCAGCAUCAUUUAUCAUCAGUGAGCAUGCAAAGCCCUCUAAGGAAAAUGCAGCUGAGUUGUUUUGGGAUGGUGCCAGUUUCCAUGCUGUGUCUUCUUUGUCACUCGCUCCAAGCUUGGGUUAUGAAAUGUGUGCUUGCACAUGCUGCAUCUGUUCGUAUGCAGAUCAACAACAUUCACCAGCAAGAGUUAGAACUGUUGUCAGCACAGAGUCAAACUCUAACCAAGUCUCUGAGCAUCAAACACAGUGUUCUCUUCAUUCAGCACUUGGAUGUGGAUCAAAUGGAGUUAAAGGGGACCUCCAAGCUGCACAAACUGGAUCAUCAGCAGAAGCAUGUCAUGUCAAACUGCUGAUGGGAAAUUCUUUGCACCAUCAGUUGAAUGUGGAGGAAGUUGCAGCAUCUCAGCAUUUUCCUUCAUCUGAUAGCCCUAAGAGUAAAGAAGAUGGAAGUUUAGGAGUUUUGAUUAUCAACAUGAGCAGCUCCUGCAAAGAUGUAAUGCAUGGUCAAGACAAUAAAACUGUCAAUGGCAGCAUGGAGUUUAGUUCAUCACGCUCUGAAAUGGCAUCCUUGCCUUUGCCAAAGGUGGAAGCACUAGAUGAUGACCAUCAUCUAGAAUCUUUUGAACCAGCCGUAUCUGAAGUGAAUAAUAUUUCAGUACAUGACCAGCCUUUACAAGAGCAAAAUACACACACCCCUGAAAGUGCAGAGUGCAAUUUUGUUAAAUCUGAAUUUGAAAAUGAUUGUGGUUGUUCAGGGAAUCAAUUGAAGCAAGAAGCACAUUAUGAUACCUGUGGCAUUGGGACUACACAAAUUAAGAUAGAGCCAGGAGAUAAGCAUGGGAAGAUUGCUGUUAGUUUUGAAGAGAGAGAAUUUUCAUCAGUGCCAGCACUGGAAACACUAGAAAACAUUAGAAGUGCCUUUCCAAAACAAGAACCAUGUCAGUCUUUUGAGGCAGGAAGCAGUGAUGUGGAGGAGGACAGUAGAAGAAGUACCAUCAACCGGGAAUUACAUAAGGUCAGCAUGCUCUCAGCAGUGACAGUUUUGUCUGGUGCUGCAAAAGAAGCGGCAAAAUCAGGUCAAGAUUGUUUUCUUACACCAGUGGACAAUAGCAGCACCUUUCCAGUUAUCUCUUCAACAGUGAGUCUUGCCAGCAUUGUAAGCUCACAAGAACAAUGGGAGGAUCAAUGGUCACAGGUGGCUGAAACUGUGAAAGCUCAUGCUAACUCUUCUCCCGAGCACUCUUUUGACAGCACUGGUGAUGAAAUUCAUUCAGAUGGUAUGCAGUCUGCCCCUAGAUCAAGUGCAUAUGUUCCAUCAUCUUUCAGCCAGGAGAGCGUCAGCUCAGAAGGUUCUAAACUGCCCCUUUAUGUAUCUCGUUACAAAGAGAUUAGACCGAAACUUACACCUGACUACACUAAACAACUAUCUGCAGUGUUAGGACAAAAUGCAUGCAAGAGGUCAAAGAUAUUAAUGGUUGAUAAACGUAGAAGGAAAAAGAGCUCAAAGGUCUCAUCAUGCCCUGUGGAUAUAUCUUCAUAUUCUGGAGCAUUAGGUUCUACCUCUGUUCCCGUAUUCCAAUUCUCGCAAUUAGGUGUACAUCAGGUCAGCACUUCCAACAGCCAAUCCCAAGGCACAGUAAGUUCCAAUGUCCUUGCUGCAGACACACAUAAUUCUGGAGUUGAAAAUAUGUCACUGUCAGGAACGCACAGCCAUUAUGUAGUUGGGGUCUUUCCUACAGAGAGCCCACAGUUCAGUUCUAGGUUUACACCUUCAGGAAUACUCCAUCAGCCCCCACAAAAAAUUAGGAAGAAAAAUGCUAAUAUACCAUCAGCCCAUGGGGUCGACCACCUGAUUUUGUCCCCAGAUAAGGGAUCUGGAACUGUUGUCUUUGUAAAUGGUAUGAACACGUAUCCAGUGGAGACAAUGAUAUCACCAGGAGGAAUUCAAGUGAGUCAACCCACCAGAGUCUGCACCACUGAGUCCUCAUCACAGGCAUAUGAUUCUGGCAAAGCUGAGGUUCAGCAAUCUGGCAAUAUAGGAGUAAACGGAAGUCAAAGCAAGUUAUCUGAGGAAUCUUGUGGAAAGAAUUCUUUUUUACAACUUCAGAACUCACAGAAUGAGUCUUUGAAGAAGUUGAAACCAAUUCUCCCUAAACCCCCUGCCACAGAUCUGAGCAAUCAGGCAUCAAAUCGACUGUUCACGUCAUCAGGGAUAAGUUCCUCCACAAACAGAAAUAAGUACAGGCAGUACAAUACUGAAAAGAAAAAGUAAAGGAGAUUUUUUUAUUUAAA